AUGCGACGGCCAUGCAAUAAAAGCAGAGUCCUCCGUGUAGUGCGGUUUUGCAGCUCCUCCAUCACCACCUGGAGUAUUCGUGCACCACCACCAUGCAAGCGGCGGGCACCGGAGCAGCUGAUACCGACGCUACUGUAAACGGUAGCAGCAGCAGCACCGCAGACGUCGACGACAGCGACGGGGCAGGGGAGAGGAUGGAGAGGACGGUGCCAAGCGAGCAGCAGGACAGGACCAACAACCAGCAGCAGCAGCAGCAGAAGACGUCCUUAUCACCAUCCGGAGUGCUCGAUAAAUUGUUCGGGAAGCGCCUCUUGCAGGCCAGACACUACAUUAUGUCUCGUAAGUCCUGGCUGAAGAUGGUGCCCACUGAAAACUGUGAUAUCCUGAUGACAUUCCCAGAUACAAUCGAUGAUCACACUCUGCUGUGGCUCCUGAAUCAGAUUCGUGUCGGAAUCCCACAAGUCAGCAUUCAGGUUCGGCAGCACAAACACACCCAGGCACACGCCUUCUUCAUCACGACAACAUUUGAGAACUUACUGCAGGGAGCCGAGCAGAUGGGCAUGCACAAGGCCGUCAAACCGCAGUUUGGCGGCGGGAUGCGGCGCUUUUCCUGCGAGGAGGACAACAUCUAUGAGAACAUAGAGAGCGAGCUCUGCUUUUUUACAUCGCAGGAGCGUCAGGGCAUCAUCAAGUAUUGGCUGGACAAUCUGCGAGCCAAACAGGGGGAGGUGCUCCACAACAUUCACUUCCUGGAGGGACAGCCAAUCAUUCCAGAGCUGGAAGCUCGAGGGGUGAUCCAUCAAAUGUUUCCUCUCCACGAGCAGAGGAUCCUCAACCAGCUGAUGACAUCAUGGGUCCAGGCUGUGUGUGAGAGGCAGCCCCUGGACGAUAUCUGUGACUACUUUGGAGUGAAGAUCGGCAUGUAUUUUGCCUGGCUGGGUUUCUACACUAACUCCAUGCUAUACCCUGCUGUCAUCGGCUUUCUGCUCUGGAUACUCGCUGAGGCUGACCAGACCAGCCAGGAUAUCUGCUGUGUGGUUUUUGCCCUCUUCAAUGUUGUGUGGGCGACGCUGUUUCUGGAGCGCUGGAAGAGGCGAGAGGCGGAGCUGGCCUACAGGUGGGGCACCCUGGACACCCCCGCAGAGUCCUUGGAGGAGCCCAGGCCGCAGUUCAGGGGAGUGAAGCGCUGCAGUCCCAUAACGGGCUGUGAGGAGUUCUACUACCCACCUUGGAAAAGAGCUCUGUUCAGAUGGCUGGUCAGCCUGCCCAUCUGUCUUCUCUGUCUCUGCUUUGUCUUCCUCGCCAUGCUCCUCUGCCUGGAACUGCAGGAAGUGGUGAUGGAGAUUCAGGAGCUACCUGGUAUCACAAGAUUCAUUCCUAAGAUACUUCUGGCCAUUACUGUGACCAUAUGCGAUGAAGUGUAUAAGAAGAUCGCCUACUGGCUUAAUGACAUGGAGAACUACAGACUUCAGAGUGCCUAUGAGAAUAAUCUCAUCAUCAAGAUGGUUUUUUUUGAAUUCAUCAAUUCGUAUCUUAGCCUUUUCUACAUUGGAUUCUACCUCAAGGACAUGGAGCGACUGAAGGAGAUGCUAGCCACUCUACUGAUCUUCCGCCAGUUCCUACAGAACAUCAAAGAGGUUCUCCAGCCUUAUCUCUACGAGCAAAACAAGCUGGGCGUCUUCACCCCCAAAGUGCUGUGGGAGCUGCUCCAGACCAUCAUACUCAAGUACGGCCGCCUGGCUCUGGGAAAGGCCCAAGCCUCGAUGACAGGCUACUCCUUCCUGGGUCCCAAAGGGAUCCCCGUCACUCACACUGCUAACGGCAACCCAGAGCAGAAGAAAAGAGGGGAUCUGAAAGCUGGAUUCAGGCUGACGGAAGAGGAGUGGGACAUGAACGACAGCAAUCUGAAGCAACGUAAAGUCAGCUUCACUGAGAAGGUUGACUACCAGGAUGUCAUGACAGAAACGCUGCCGGUGGAUCGCAGCUGCCUUGAGGACAGUCCUACACUGGUGGAGGAAGGGAUGGAUCCGUCAAGCAUUUUUGACAGUUGUGAUGAGGACAGCGACUGUGAAUCGCUGUCUCAAGAAUCUGAAUCUCUGUGUCAGAAAAGAAAGAACGUCAGUGAGGAGAAAGAGCAUAAGAAGUCAUGGAUGGAUCCACCAGAGGAACCCAAAACUGUCACUUUGACCCAAGCUGAGAUUGAGAGCUGCAUGCAGACAUACGAGGAUACGCUUCAGGACUACCAGGAAAUGUUCAUCCAGUUUGGCUACGUGGUGCUCUUCUCCUCUGCGUUUCCCCUGGCGGCCAUGUGUGCUCUUAUCAACAACAUCAUCGAGAUCCGCAGCGACGCCCUGAAGCUCUGCACCGGCCUGCAGAGACCAUUCGGACAGAGGGUGGAGAACAUCGGACAGUGGCAGACUGCAAUGGAGGCCAUGGGUUUGAUAGCCAUUAUAGUUAACUGUUACCUGAUUGGUCAGUGUGGGCAGCUACAGCGUCUGUUCCCCUGGUUGAGUCCUGAGAUGACCAUCAUCUCCAUCGUCUUACUGGAGCACUUUGCAAUCCUCCUAAAGUACAUCAUCCAUGUUGCCAUCCCUGAUAUCCCUGGCUGGGUUGCAGAAGAGAUGGCCAAGCUAGAGUACCGACGAAGGGAAGCUUUCAAGAAGCACGAGCAGCAGGCCCAGCAGCACUUCCAACAGCAGCUCAGACGCCGGCGUGAAGAGGAGGAGCUCCAGCGUCAGGCUGAGCUGCAGGCCGAGGCCCGUCAGGAGAGCGACCACAGGGCAGACACGCAGCACCAGCACCACCACGACAAAGCACCGGGGGGCAAGGCAGGGGACAAACCCAAGAGACCCAGCUCUCUGCUGGGGAACAACAAUGUGAUGAAGCUGAAGCAGAUCAUCCCUCUGCAGGGGAAGUUUUCCUCCAGCACGUCUCGCUCACCAGCUCAGUCCCCAACAGGAGGUGAGGCGAAGCUCCCAGGAUUUCUCAAGUUCUUGAAGUCGCCUGAGAUGAAAAAGGAGCCAGCGGUGGCAGCUGGAGCUCCAGCCUCAACAGUGACCUCCUCUGUUCCCCCUAGUGGCCAGGAGAGGUCACAGUCCCCCAACAGGACAUUCAGUCCUGGGAAACUGUUCAGCUUCAGCAAGUCAGAGGGGACAGUGGUGUGUGUGAACGGGACACAACCACUGCCCCAGCCUGCUAACGCUCAGCCCAGCAGGGGCGACUUAAACACAUCGCUGGAGGAAUUACCUUCCAAUGAGUCAGAUAAAGGAGAAUCAAGACAAUUGACUGAUUUAGAAAACUCUAAGAGUUAAUAAACGUUCAACCAAUGUAAUAUGAUGAAGAGCAAUGUACAAAUGUUCAGGCAACAUUCAGAGACACACCUGUACCGUAAGAGAACACAUUAGUCACAAGGACCACAUGUAAAGGUCAGCGAGCGGUAGACUUUCACUCUUGAUGCAACUUACUUCGCACAAGGUAUUAUACUGUAUCCAUUAACACUUGAUUAUCUAACUUCCAUGUAAAAUAUGUACAGUAAGUGUAACUGCUCGAAUGGGGCUUGACUAACCUUUACUUAAGGUUAAAAUACUGCAUGACUGCCUGGUUUUUAACAGCACCAGAACAGAUUAUGUUGAUGUGGAGGAUCUUUCGUUCCAAACCCAGAUCAUUAAAGGUCCAGUGUGCAGGAUUUAGGGGGUGUAUUGACAGAAAAGGAAUGUAGUAUUAUAAGAAUGUUCUCUUUAGUGUACAAUCACCUGAAAAUAAGAACAGUUGUGUUUUUGUUACCUUAGAGCGAGCCAUUCAUGUUUACACUACGGGUGGAUCCUCGUCCACAGAUAUCGGCAUGUUUUUACAGUAGCCCGCAACGGCAAACCAAACAUUGGGUCUAGAUAGAGCCAUUCAUGUUUUUGUGUCGGCCACUGUUGUAAGUAGCCCCUCCAUGACACGCAGUGUAGAAAAAACUCAGACUUUUUUAACGUGAAACUGCUUUAAUCAGUGUUUUUACCAGUUUAAAUCACCAGGUCCGUUAGUUUCGGAAAGGAUGACACCUCUGCGGAUAAUUCAGCUCCCAAUAAAAACCUCCUGAACAUCUGGAUCCUAAGUUAUCAGAGAAAAAAGGUGAGCACACAUUAGCAGGUACUAGGCUAGCGGUACAUCUGCAACAAGCCCAAACAGCAUCAAAGAAACACUAAUUUUAACACGACACCACUUUAUUCAGUGUUUUUACUUGUUUGAAACACCAGGUCCAUUUGUUUUGGAGAGAAGGAGACCUCUGUGGAUAAUUUCGGCUCCCAGUAAAAACCUCCUGAACGUCUGGAUCUUAAGUUAUUAGAGAAAAAAGGUGAGCACACAUUAGCAAGUGCUAGGCUAGCAGCCUGUCUGCCACAAGCCCAAACAGCAUCAGAGAAACACUAAUUUGUAACGUGAAAGGUGAGCACAUAUCAGCAGGUGCUGGGCUAGCAGCCUGUCUGCAACAAGCUGAAGUAGCAUCAAAGAAACACUAAUUUGUAAUACGAAACUGCUUUAUUCAGUGUUUUUACUCGUUUGAAACACCAGGUCCGUUAGUUUUGGAAAGGAUGACACCUCUGCGGAUAAUUCGGCCCCCGGUAAAAACUUCCUGAUCGUCUGGAUCUUAUGUUAUCAGAGAAAAACGGUGAGCACACAUUCGCAGAUGCUGGGCUAGUGACACAUCUGCAACAAGCCGAAACAGCGUCGGAGAGACACUAAUUUGUAACAUGAAACUGCUUUAUUGGCUGUUUUUACCACUUUAAAUCACCAGGGCCAUUUGUAUUGGAGAGGAAGAGACUUCUGCAGAUAUUUCGGCUCCCAGUAAAAAAAAAUUCCUGAACAUCUGGAUCUUAAGUUAUCAGAGAAAAAAGGUGAGCACACAUUAGCAAGUGCUAGGCUAGCUGCACAUCUGCAACAAGCCCAAACAGCAUCAGAGAAACACUAAUUUUAACACGAAACCACUUUAUUCAGUGUUUUUACCAGUUUAAAUCACUAGGUCUGUUUGUUUCGGAAAGGAAGAGACCUCUGCGGAUAAUUCGGCUCCCAGUAAAGUCUUCCCAAACGUCUGGAUGUUAGGUUACCAGAGAACAAAGGUGAGCACACAUAAGCAACAAGCUGAAACAGCAUCGUAGAGACACUAAUCUGUAACAUGAAACUGCUUUAUUCAGUGAUUUUACUGGUUUGUUUUGGAAAGGAAGAGACCUCUGUGGAUAAUUUGCCAAUAAAAAACUUUAAGAACAUUGGAUACUGAAGAAAUUCUAACCUGGAGAGGUUUCAGCUGGUUGCACACUGCAGUCCUCACUGCUAGACGCCACUAAAUCCACCUAAAUCGUACUCACUGGACCUUUAUUGGACACAAACAGCAGCUUCCUAUUCCAGGUUUGUUUCUCAUCCUGAUGCCUGUAUUGAAUGCAUGUUGCAUCAUGUGCAUGCAUUACACGUCCAUCAUGUCUUUUUCAGUUGUAAAGCACUUUUUAAAGCCAUCGUAUUCUUCUGCAAUAGGUCAAAUUAUAUUCACUGUGACCAUAAAAAAAUAUUCUAUUUUUCUUAACUUUGAUUUUCUAUGAAUUAUUUUACUACAUAAAUUAGUGAAUGUACUUCUAUGAUGCAAAUAAAUCUCACUUGAAUAAACAUCCAUCAAGAGAUAAAGCAUUGGCUGAUUUUGUUAACUGUAAAAAUGUAAUGCUGGAUUGUGGACGUUUGCUGGGUUGGUUUGUUUCCUUGGAUUAGGACAUGUAUGAACACUAACAGUUGAAAGAGAACAUACACACUCUUGCGUAAGUACAAACCUAUGAAGGAUGUCUUUGCCAGAUGAUCUUUUCCCCUUCAAGGGACAGAUACACAUCUUGCCUCUUACCUGUAGUGCUAUUUAUCAGUCUAACUUGUUUCACCCCAAAAAACACUGCCAUUAACUCGGAGUUGUAGCUUUUACUGUAUGUCAUAGUGUAAUCUAUACAAGAACAAGAUCUGAAAUUGACAAUACAUUUAUACAACUCAAAAGCAAAGCAUUUGACAAUAAACACAUUCCAAACUUAAUUAGGUGACGAAAUACAAACCAUAUAACAAAAGUAGAAUUAGCUAACUCUUCUAUGAAGAGCCGGGAAAACAAAACUGCACGUCUCUGUUUUAUAGUCAUACUCGAGAACCUUACAGUGCAUGUUCUACUUGGAUAAGCAGCCUGACUGCACAUAAACUCUGUAAUCUUUGAACAGCAACAUGUAACAAAAGAACAAAAAUGUACAUUUAUAGACUCAACGGAGAGUCGUGCCAAACAUUAUUGAAAAUGUGGCAAAUACAAUUUGUGAGGCUCCUAAAGGUGCAAAGCAAACUAAGCAAAAUGCUUUAGUUUGUAUUGACUGGACUCUGGUUUGCAUCCCUCCAGGGUUCAGGAACAAAUUGGCUAAACAAAAUCAGAUGACAAUAUGGCUAACCUGGGGAAGACAUUACAGAGCGAGUCGCUGUCUUGUUACCUGAUAAAAAGGGUCAGAACAAUCACAAUAUACAUACUGUACAAAUAUACAGGACUUGUGAAGCUUUACGACGAGUGUCAACGACUUUAUGAGCAGCAAACACAGGCUGGUUAUUUAGCCCUGCUGUCACAAGCUUGUGAGUCCAAACACACAUUUCCACAAUAUUGCUUAAGCUUUUGAAGAAAUGUGACUGACAGCAGUCCAUACGGGUAGCCUACACAGCAGUACAGCUACAUUAUAAAUUUAAUCAAAACUGUAGUCAUCACCUGUUCCACAAAAUAUUGCGCUAAUCUUGCAUUUCCAAAGACACACAUGCUGCUCAUAAAGUGGUGACCUCAACCUACCGAGCAUCAAACUUAGAAUAUGGCUACAAAAUCUGCAGAUCACUCUGUACAAAAACACAUCUCAUUCUCUUGUAUGAGUGUAUUGGCUUGAAUGUAUCUUCACAGACAUACUAAUAUCCACUCAACUCAACAGUGGUUCAUGUCUUCACCUGAAACAACAAUGUAAACCGAGGGGUCACUCUAAGACAUAGUGAAAACACACUCGCUUCCAUUUAAGGCAACAAAUCAUCUCUCAUCUGGAGGAAACAGAUGAACAUUUCUUUCAGCACUCAACUUUUCCUGCAACAACAGCAAACCCUGAAUGGAUUAUUAAAUCUAAGCAACACUGCAGUGUUAUUUUCAGUUACUGUAAUGACAGUAAUCACAUAAAGGAUGAGCUAAAAAUAACAUUUUUAGGACCACUGUCAUUACGUGAUUCAAAACUAAAAGUUCUUAAUGGAGUGGGAGCCACAAAAGAUGGCAUUAAACACUUAAAUUAAAACAUGCAUAUCUCAGAGAUGGUUUGAAUAACAGCUCUAAACAGCAUUAAACCCUUAAAUAGCAGCAUAGGAGCUGCAUUUUUUUUUUUUUUUUUUAAA